GUUGACCCAUGCGAGGAUUUUUUCGAAUUUGCUUGCGGCAAUUGGAUAGCGAAUCAUCCAAUUCCCAGGGACAAAACUAGAUUCUCUGUCAUUGAUGUGCUAUCAGGCAAAGUACAAGGACAAAUGCGAGAAAUAUUCGAAUCCAAUGAGGUAUUCGCCUCGAAAUCCAUGAAUGCUCUGAAAUCCAUCUACAGAAGAUGCAUGGACAAGGACGAACUGAAUCGCAUUGGUGCCAGACAAAUGAUAGAAAAGAUCAAGAGCUUUGGUACAUGGCCGAUGCUUGAAGGAGAUGAGAAGUGGCGAGUGAACACCUUCGAUUUGACUUCAUUGCUGGCUUUUGUAUCACGUAAUCGCGGUGUCAAUGCGUUCAUCACCUAUAUCAUCGAUGUCGAUGACAAGAACACCUCCCGGCGUCUCAUCAGG